AUGAUGGCUCGCAACGCGAUGAAUCGGCCAUUGACCAGCCAGCUAUCCAAAGAAGCCGAGGAAGACAAGAAACCAAAGGGAGUGAGGCCAACAGUUUCGAUUCCAGUCCCUUCAGUCCCCGCGGCCAUCGCCACCAUGACUCCAGGACCAGCUCCAUCUGAAACAUUUGCCCAAAAGUCCACCGCCCCAGCGGCCCCUGACCGCUCCCGCCGCAAUCAAGCUCCGCCCGCCCUGGUCAAGACAGUCUCUGCCCCGAUAUCUUCUCAAAUCUCUGCACCUUCUUCGUCCGCCGCCACCAAAAGACAUUCCUACGCCAACCCUCCUUCAGUCUCUACCCGUUUAACCUCAACCAAACACGACGGCGCAAGCAUCCAAAAAUCGUCGGUUGCUCAUAGGGCACUCCGUGUCGGACACUCCUCCUCAAAUGCACCGAUGCCCACUCAGGCGCAGGUGAAGGCUCAGGCACACGCCAAAGCGCAGGCAGCGCUUGCUCAAGUCACUCGUGAGCGCACCCGACCGCUCUCGAAUCGACCAGUACCAUCAGCACCCUCGGCACCCAAGGUUACUCCUACACAGAGACACCGAACGCAGGCUACCGCCGCAUCCAAUCGUUCGGCAGCUCCCUCUGUUAGACGACCCAGUUUCCAAAAGAAGGCCAAGCCCACAACACAGACCAUCACUCCUAGUCUUCGAGCUCGCCCUGUCAUCCCGUCUGUGCCCUUGUUCGAAAUAUCCAUGGAGAUUGCAUCCCCCCAACCUCAUGUUCCCGACAUGGAUAUGGACAUUGAGCCAGAAGUCGAUGGCUUUGACAUGGACCCUUCCUUUGUGUCCGAGUACCAGGCAGACAUAUUUACUUACAAGCGAGAGAUGGAGGUGAGCUUUAUGGCAACCCUUCAUGACAGCCAUACCGUCGAUAUUCUUUCAGAGUCAAGCCAAACCAUUGACCGUGAUUACACUUUCUUGCUGACAAAAAUAGAUAAAACAUCUGCCGGACCCAACGUACAUGGACAGACAAGUGGAUCUGAGCUGGCACCACCGUGUCCGACUCAUUGA